UUCACACCUCUCCUUCUCCCUUUUCAAUUUUCUGUUGUAGCUCUAUAUUUCUUUAGUAGUUUUGCGAUUAACGUUAACUCGUAAGUUUAUUUUGUAUUACUUUUUAUUGUUAUUUUUUAUUUUUAUGAUAUUAACUGAACUACGGUUUUUUUGCAGAUGGCAUUCCAAAAGUUCACGUUUGGCUUACGGUGGAAUGGUUACACGGAAGAGAAAGGAAAGGGGGUCACCUACGUCGGUGGCAAUUUUCAGAAGAUAAAGGUCGCUACCAGACCGCUGCUUGAAGACCUCCAUCAAAUGUGCGCUAACGUUACUUGCAUGGAUGGCACGAGAAGACUUGAUCGUAUGGUGUACCGAUAUCCAAACAGAGAAAGUGGGUCAUUGUGGCAUGAGGAAUAUCUCAUAACCACUCAGGAUGAGGUAGAUGCCAUGCUCGAAUUCUUGAGGUCCAACAAUCUUUCCAAAGCCGAGAUGUUCGUUUACACCGAGCCGGUCGUAGGCGUUGGAGGUCAUUCUGGACACGGUCAAACAUCUGGUAUCCAUGGUGCACUAGCGGAUUCAGGGGGUGGCCACCCCGGGCCCUGGCCCAGCCCUCCUAUGGAUCCGUAGUUAGUAUAGUACUUAUGAAAUAUUAUAUUUUAGACAUUCGACCCAGUGUUAUUUUAUGAUAUGAUUGGGUUUAACUAGAAAAAUUAUCAAGUUGAACAUAUUCAAAUCAAUACUCUAAAUUUAGCCUAUAAAUUCUAGCCUCAAAGAUUAUGCAUCUAAAAAAAACAAAGAAACAUAAAAUUCUAAAAAGUUUAAAACGUAAAAGAAUAAAAGAAAUAUGAGGUUUGUUCCCUUAAAAAUUUACUAGAGCAGCUGGUGUGCAGGGAUGGACACACAAUGCAAAUUGAUUAGUCGAUUGAUUUAUCUAGUGUUGAUGCUGCUCGUUUCAACAGCUACUACGAAGAGAACCUUUUCAACAAUGAAACAUGUGAGAACUAAUUUGCUCAACAAAAAUGAGCGAUGAAUUUCUCGUCGAUUGCUCAAGUAUUUUAUUUGAAACAGUGUAUACUAUUGGUAUGUAUGUAGACUCCUUGAUUAAUUCCCUAAAUUAAAAUACAGUAGUGUAUAGUUUACAUUGCAAAAAACUAUAAUCAUUAUAUAUUUUUUUUUACGGUUCUAAUUUUCUAAUGAAAUGCGGCCCAGUGCUCUUCUGUGUUCUGGAUCCGCCGCUGCCAUGGUGGAGGUGAAUUAUAUGGCGAUCAUCCCUACCAAAGUUACCAUGAUCCUCAUUCCUAUUUUCAGUACCAAGAGUAAGGUGAAGGUCAUCAUCAAUCUUUCCCGUCAUAUGAAUAAGAAGUUUAACCGGACCUCCACAACCAACCUCAGUACAACUUCCAAUCGGGCAACGGUGUUUAACCUGAUGAACUUAAGAAACACUUCUUGGUCUCCCUCAAAUGCCUUGUUUAACCUGAUGAACUUAAGAAACACCAAAGAGUUGG